GGAAUAUUAAAAGAAGUAGUAAGAAAAAUAAAAACCUCACUAGUCACAAUAAAAAAAAAGUAGGGAACGUUCAAGACACAUUCGAAGGAAGUUGACUUCAAGUUUUUCCGUAUAUUUCAUUUUAUAUACCUAAUUUAGAUGUCAUUUUUUCUUUUUUUUUUAUUAUCGAUUCUGGUCCCUAGUCGCCAACCAUUUCUCUUUUUUCUUUUUUUCGUCUCUCUCUGCAUCUGCACGUCUGUUUUAUCUUUUCUUGAUCUUUGUUUUCCUGUAAACUUAUCACAGAACUAUUUAUGUAAGCCAAGAGAUUUUUAAGUUUUUAAGCUGCUCAUAACAGAAAGUUCUGAAGAACAAGAAGACGUUGAAAAAAGAAAAAGAAAUCUUAUAUUUUGCUAUAUUGGCUUUUUGUCUAAUUUGUAAGGCUUUGAUGUAACAGUCUCUCUCUCUCCUUUGAGCUGAUUCGUCACUUGUCCAUAAACAAAGGAACCCACCUUCCUCAUUCUUCUUACCUAUUCCUUCUCUUUGGUUUGGACAUUUGAUUCUAGUUUAUGUAAUGGUUUCUUGAUCUGAUUUUUCUGGGUCUCUUGCCAUUUGGUGAAACAGAUCUUGGGUUUUGUUUCAGAUUCAGACAGGAAAAUAAUCACCAAUCUUUCUGACAUCUUCUUAAGAUGUUGACGAGCCCUACUUUGAAGAGUUUAUGGUUCUUGUUCACUAUUCUUGGACUCUUAGGACAAAACCUCCCUUGUGUUCUGUCUAGUUCACACCGUAUUCUAGUGGAUACAGAUGUCGACACAGACGAUUUAUUCGCUAUACUCUACCUCCUGAAACUCAACAAAUCAGAAUUUGAUCUAGUCGGGAUUACACUGAGUGCAAAUGCAUGGACAAACGCAGGACACGCCGUGAAUCAAGUGUAUGAUUUAUUGCACAUGAUGGAUCGUGACGAUAUCCCCGUUGGUGUCGGCGGCGAAGGUGGGAUUAGCGACGACGGUACUAUUCACUCUGACGUCGGUGGUUAUUUUCCCAUCAUCGAACAGGGGAUGACAACAACAGGGGAAUGUAGAUACAGACAAGCCAUUCCUAAAGGUCUUGGAGGCCUUCUCGACAUAGACUCCAAUUAUGGAUUUCGUAAACAGUUUCUUCCUCAGGGGAACAGAAGAUACACUCCUCUCCAACAACCAACGGCACAAAAAGUGAUCGUCGACAAAAUUUCCGAAGGUCCAACCACCGUAAUCCUUCUCGGAUCCCACACCAAUUUUGCACUCUUCUUGAUGUCAAAUCCUCACUUGAAACACAACAUCCAACACAUCUACAUCAUGGGCGGUGGUGUCCGAUCACAAAACCCCACCGGCUGUUGUCCGGCGAACUCCACGGUGGCGGAAUGUCAACCACGACAGUGCGGGAACCGUGGAAACUUGUUCACAGAUUAUACAAGUAAUCCUUACUCUGAAUUCAACAUCUUCGCUGAUCCUUUCGCUGCUUACCAGGUGUUUCAUUCAGGUGUUCCAGUGACUCUGGUUCCUCUAGAUGCAACCAACACUAUUCCGAUCAACCAGAAGUUCUUUGAGACAUUCGAGAAUAAUUACCAGAGAACAUACGAAGCUCAAUACGUUUUCUUAUCUCUGAAAAUCGCCAGAGACACUUGGUUCGACGAUGAAUUCUACAAGAGCUACUUCAUGUGGGAUUCUUUCACGGCUGGUGUUGCAGUCUCAAUCAUGAGAAACUCUGCUAAUAAGAACAACAAAAAUGGUGAGAACGAUUUCGCGGAGAUGGAGUAUAUGAACAUAACCGUUGUUACUUCAAACAAACCUUAUGGAAGAUCAGAUGGCUCAAAUCCAUUCUUUGAUAAUAGAAGAACUCCAAAAUUUAACCUAGCCCUUGGAGGAGUUCACAGUGGUCAUGUUCAGACGGGUUUGCGAGAUCCAACUUGCUUACCGAAAAGCGGAAUAGGAAGAGGAAAGUGUAAGGAUGGUUACACACAAGAGAUCUCUGGUUCUGAUUCUGUUCGUGUUCUUGUUGCGACACGAGCUAAACCCAACAUAAACAUCAAAAGUAAACUUGACAGAGAAUUCUAUGUUGAUUUCCUGGAAGUUUUGAAUAGACCUGAAGAAACAGGGAGAUUUAACUUUUCAUCUCAGUUUCCAUACUACAAAGAAGAAUUGUUUAGACCAGAUCUUAGCAAAACACGUCCCGGAAAGCCUGUUGUUUUCGAUAUGGACAUGAGCGCCGGAGAUUUCCUCUCUCUCUUCUACCUCCUCAAAGUUCCGGUGGAUAAAAUCGAUUUGAAGGCUAUUAUUGUGAGCCCAACCGGUUGGGCUAAUGCAGCAACAAUAGACGUGGUCUAUGAUCUGCUUCAUAUGAUGGGUCGGGACGAUAUUCCAGUGGGCUUGGGAGACAUGUUGGCAUUGAACCAAUCCGACCCGAUUUUUCCACCGGUUGGAGGUUGCAAGUACGUCAAGGCUAUUCCACGAGGCUGUGGCGGAUUUCUGGAUUCCGACACUCUCUACGGUCUUGCUCGUGACCUUCCGAGAAGCCCUCGCAGAUACACUGCAGAGAAUUCAGUGACACAUGGAGCUCCCAGGGACACUGAUAGGCCUGAACUCCGACAACCUCUGGCUAUUGAAGUUUGGCAAAAUCUGACCAAAUCUGGUAAUGGAGUGUCUAAGAUCACUGUACUAACCAAUGGACCGUUAACUAACUUAGCCAAGAUUAUCUCAUCAGAUAAAAAAUCAUCCUCACUAAUCAAGGAAGUUUACAUCGUGGGUGGACAUAUAAACCGUGAGAAAUCAGACAAAGGGAACAUUUUCACGAUUCCUUCAAAUGCAUAUGCUGAAUUCAAUAUGUUUCUUGAUCCUUUAGCAGCUAAGACCGUUCUUGAAUCCGCUCUAAACAUCACACUCGUCCCUCUAGCAACACAACACAAGUUGAGUUCUUUCCAAACAAUGCUUGAUAGACUCUAUUCCUCGACGAAAACACCAGAAGCUCGGUUUGUGAAACGGUUGCUUGUAAGAUUGCAAGCUCUUCAUCAGAAACACAGGAGAUACACGCACAUCGACAUGUUCUUAGGGGAAGUUCUUGGAGCAGUUCUUUUGGGAGGCGAUGACGCUUCACUGAAGCCGAAAAUGAGAGCCGAGCACAUAAAAGUGAUCGCGGAAGGGGAUGAAUCGAGAGAUGGUAAGAUAUUGAUCGAUAAACUGCGCGGCAAACAAAUAAAGAUACUCGAAAGAGUAGACCUAAUAAGCAUCUCUGAGAGUUUUGCUUCUAGACUCGAUGAUAAGAAACAAUCUGCAGUAAUAGGAAGCUUUGAAGAACAAAAGAAGAUAUGGAGCACACCACCAAGCUGACUGUUCAAUAAUAUGAUUAUAUUAUGUAAAAUAAUUACCAGAUUAUUUUAUAUUCAUUUCUGUUUCAUUUGACUGUUUUCUUAUAGUUAUCCUUUUUCGUAGGAUGAUCAUUUUCUAUUCAUUUGUGUUUUUUUUACUGUUUUCUUUUCACAAUUUCUAUCCAAUUUUUAAGGCGACAAGCCAAAUUGUAUUACGUGUUUGAUGACGGACUACAUGAUUAGUUCUAAAUUAAAA